AUGUUUGUAUCUGCUAAUGGAUUGAAUUUUUCAAAUUCGAAUAUAGUUUCGAGUGGAAUCACGAGCGAAGCAGGACAAAUUUUAAUAAUUUCGUCCAAUAUUGAAAAUUCUGGUAUGGACAUAAGAAUUGGAUUGAGUGCAGAAUUGAGUUAUUCAAAAUUUGUGAAUACUUCAUUGAAUGUUGUUGGAAUGAAUAGUUUAAUACUUGAUAAUUCUAUAUUUACAACGAAUAGUUCAUUAUCAAUUGUUGGAAUAUCAAAGGUUAGGAUAUUUCGUGGUAAUUUUUCAUAUAAUUCGAAUGCACUCUCAAUGGAAUAUGUUACAUCCAUUGAACUGAUUGGGUGCAAUUUUAUUCGAAACUUGAAACCUUUACGAGUGGUGAAUCGACCAAAAGUUACAACUGGAUCUAAUAUAUUGAAAGUAGAUUCAUGUCUCUUCGUAGAGAAUACAGCACAAUAUGGUGGAGCUAUUUAUUCAGAGUUUACCACAAUUAUUUCCACCAAUAAUCGAUACAUUUCGAAUAAGGCAGCCAAUGGAGGUGCAAUCUAUGUGAAAAGCACAACAUUUAUUGACUCUUACUCCACCUUAGAUUCCAAUCAAGCAAUUUUAGGUUUAUUUGACUGUAACAAUCCAGAAGAAUGUGGAAAUGGAGGGGCUGUUUAUUCUGUUGAUGGGUAUGGCCAAUUUGUUAGUCAAUCAGUCAUAAAUGGAAAUCAAGCAGUGAAAGGUGGCAUUUGCUUUAAUAGAUGUAUUUUUUCAGCUUCUUUAUUGAUGAGUAACAAUAGAGCAAGCUAUUCAGGAAGUGAUAUUUUCUUUAAAGAGAUUCCACCUGAAUUUCGUAAUGCAAUUCCUUUAAGAUAUAAAUCGAACGGGCUUGGAAGUAGAGAAUUAAUUGGAGUGAAAUGGAGAAUUAUGACAGAUAGAGAAUCAUUAUUUGAUUCGAAUGAAUAUCACAUCAUUUCCGUCUAUCCUGGAAAGACAAUAUCCAUAGAGUUUACUUCCUUAAUUGACAUUUUCAAUAAUACAUUGGAAAGUUCUCAAAUUGCUCCCUCCAUUUCUUUGCUAUCAAGUGGUGGAUAUAAUAUUGUUACAAAUCCCUUUGAUGUAAAUAGCAAUACAUUUUUGAAUGUUUAUGUACAGGCACCCAAUGAUAGAAUGGAACAUAUCCUCAAUGCAAGUGUUGCGUUUUCUGAUAGAGAUUUUACAUUCGAAUUUGGGAUACGUGUUGAAAGGUGUCCUUUCGACUAUGCAUUCGAUAGCUCAACCAAUGUAUGCACCUUUAGGAGUCAUACAGCUAUAAUACUUGCAGUAGUGUUUGGUGUUCUUAUUCUCUUUAUAUUUAUGGGAGUUGGCUUGGUGUCAUGUGUGAAAAUUACACAAGCUUUGGUCAAGCUCUAUAAAAGAGAAAAGAAGGAGAAGAGAAUUGCACACAAAUUGAUUGAUAAGCAAUUUAUAUUUGGAGAUGAAUCACCACUUCUUAUCAAUUUACUCGCCAAAAAUGUGAACAACAUUAUCAUUCCAAUUGAGGACAUUGAAAUUGUCAAAAGAAUUGGUGAAGGAUCCAUGGGUACAGUCUACAUGGCUAGUUGGAAUGGAAUUACUGUAGCUCUGAAGAGUAUCAAGACAGAUAGUUUUGACAUUUCAGAAGAUGAAUUUGAACAUGAAGCAUCUCUUCUUAAUAGUUUGAGACAUCCCUCCAUUGUGAGAUUUUACGGAGUUUCCCUUUCUAAUACUAACAAAUACAUGGUUGUUGAAUAUUUGGAGAAUGGUAGUUUGGAUGCUAUUAUUGCUCAAUCAAAAUGUGGAAGAAGAACUCUAGAUUUGAAAAGUAAGAUAGAAAUUCUGAAAGGAAUUGCGAGUGGAAUGGAUUAUUUGCAUUCCCUUAAACCUAGAUCUCUCAUUCACAGGUAA